AUGGGCUAAUCUAGAGCUCAAAUCGUAUAAUACGUCCGGAAACGACAGUCUCCAGGCAUAUAUGUCGGGUCUACUCGAAGGCUACGUAACGGGUGAACUCAUUCACAUGAGUUAUCUCAACACAAUCGACGGCUUUUGCGCUAAACGUAAACAGUUUUGCGACGCGUUAAAGCAUUUUCAUGAGACGAACACCGCUUUCAUCAAUACUAUGAUUAAAAAUCACGCAAACGACGACUAUUGGCACCAAUUGGGGCUCAUUUAUGACCAGAUCAGGGGUUUAGAGGACGGCUAUAUGUAUUGGAAAAUUGAUGAACACGUCAUUCAAGAAACGGACGAAACAAAUGCGUUGAGCGAAAUCUGGUGGUUAAACAUACUCAAUGAAGUUUACGAGCUCGAAGCAAUACUCACACCCAACUCGACCACAAUACCAUAUCGAGAUCAUUGUUCGGCCCUGGUCAAAGUGUUGCCCGACGGAAGUGACCUGUAUGUGGCCCACAACACGUGGACCACAUAUAAAUCAAUGCUCCGGGUGUUGAAACAAUAUAGCUUCGCGUUCAAUAGCCUAACGACUGGCGCUGUAAUACCCGGCCAUUCGGUGGCCAUGUCUUCAUACCCGGGCUCUGUCUUCUCUGGCGACGACUAUUACGUGCUGUCGUCCGGACUCGUGGUUCAGGAGACGACUAAUCAUGUUUGGGACGCAUCGCUGUUCGCGAGGGUACGGCCCGAUCGGGUGGUCGUCGAGUUUGCCCGCAAUGUUGUGGCCAAUCGGUUGGCCACCGGAGGCCGUCAGUGGACAGAGAUAUUCGCGCGAUAUAAUAGCGGCACUUAUAAUAACCAGUUUAUGAUUGUCGACUAUAAACUAUUCACCAGGGGCACGCCUGUCGCUCAAUUGCCCGAUGAUUUACUCUGGGUAUGCGAACAAAUACCCGGCAACGUCACCGCGGCAGAUUUGACCACGCUGUUGCGAACUACCGGCUAUUAUGGCUCGUAUAAUAACCCGUAUUUCAAAUAUAUACUGGAUAUUAGCGGCUGGACUGAUAUGGAGAGGAAAGUCGUUACCAUUUAUAAUUACGACAAGACCGCUCGUGGUGUUAUAUUUCACCGCGAGCAACCUACCGUAACAGAUAUGAACACGUUGUAUACAUUCAUGCGCUACAACGACUUUGAGCAUGAUCCACUAUCCCUGUGCAGCCAUUACAAUCUGGAUUGCAAGCCCGACUACUCUAGCUGUUUAACCAUUGCGGGUAGGCUUGACCUGAACUCACCCACUGGUCACUACCCGAUAGGAAAUGGUCACGAGUAUAGCGGGGCUAUUGAUGCCAAACUAACCGACACACAAAUGUCGAGUCGGUUAGAGAUGUUGGCCGUGAGUGGGCCCACACAUCGCAAUCACCCGCCGUUCCGCUGGUCGACCAGUGGUGCCGGCGCUGAUGUGCGCCAUAUCGGUCACCCCGAUGUGUUUGAUUUCAAACCUAUUUAUACCAAGUGGUACCCAAACAAA